UCUCCAAUUUUUUGAAUGGCUUUGUUAAUAUGCAAUAUCACAUUGUUUUAUUGUUAAUUUUGUUCCAAAAUAAUUCGAGAUGAAAUAAAUAGAUUGCUAAGAAUUUAUCGCAAUUAAAUAAAUUUCCGGUUUGAAAAAUAGAAAUUCGCGAGAGAGAAAACUCGUGAGUCCAUUUACGAGCUAUAGAAAUCAAGAGUGGGAGGGCCGGUUCUAAAAUAACAAAAAUUCACUUUAAGUUCAGAUCUGAAUAGAAUUUAUUUAGGGUCAUCGGAUGUGUCGGGAGUUGUGAGAUAUGACUCGCAAGGGAUGAAGUGAGGCGUGUGGCCUGUGGCGUGAGACGUGAAGAGUGCGUGGUGGGGGCUCAGCCGUGGUGGGGCGGCCCGUGAACGUCGACGAACGGAGGCGAACUCCGCCGAGGCAGAUCCAAAGAUGGCGGUGGAGGCAAAGAACGAGAGGUUCUCUUUUCUCAUGUGAGUGAGGCUCCGACAGAGAAACUCGACUCUCACGGUCUAAACCGGCGGCGCUCCAUGACAGCAGCCUAGCAGCAGGCAAAAGUGAAUAAGUGAGAAGCAGUCAGAAUUGAAGUUUCAAAUAGCCCAAGACCACAAUUAUCCCGACUGACCACAACAGCAUCAAUCAUGUGUAUGGGGAGGGAGUUGGUAACGGCGUGUAUCUUUUGUUUGCUGUGCACAACACACGCCCAUUGCUCUUCUCACCAUGAUAUCAACAAUUCCCAUUCAGUCAACGUCAAGUAUAACGAUGGCGGAGGCGGCAAGUUGGUCCCAGUCUCACACCUUGCAAGCGUCAAGCCGAGACAUGUAAGGGAGGUGAAGCCCACAACCAGUCUCACGGGCAUCUCAAAUGAAGACUACACACACUUUGUCUUCUACACAUUCGGCAAUGGGGAAAUCCUGACUAGAGGAGGAUUUGAAAAGCUCCUGGAUUCUCUUAGGCUCUCGAUCAGCCAGGAUACAACAAUAAAACAAAAUGAGACAACAAAUAAAAGGAUAUCGAAGAAUUCAACAACAAAAUUAGAGUGUGGUAAGCUGUUGCCAGAAAACAAGAAUGAGAUAUCCCAAGUUGAUUACAGGGAGCUAUGUCCUAGAAUUCUGUACCAACUGAUGCCAGAGGAAACUGGCGGUUGUUUUCACAGGCCGACCCACAAGCAUUCGCACCAUCAGCAUGAAGAUAAAUUUGAUGAUUCUGGCUCGACUGCUGCAGCAUGGGUGUAUGCUAGUAUUAGUGUCGUCUUAAUUAGUCUUUGCGGUUUGCUGGCUGUAGCUGUGAUACCAUUAAUGCAGAUGUCUCUGUACCAAGGGCUCUUGCAGUUCCUCGUAGCACUCGCAGUUGGCACUCUCUGUGGUGAUGCUCUUCUCCAUUUGUUGCCACAUGCUAUGAUGACAUCGCACCCACAUCAUCAUGCUCAUGGCCAAGGAAGCGAGGAAGAAGUGGAUCAACAUGAAAUAAACUUGUGGAGAGGAUUAGUUGCAGCACUGUCCAUUGUGUUUUUCUAUUUCAUGGAAAAAUGUCUUUCAUUAGUUACUGAGUGGAAGAAAAAAUACCAAAGAAAAACCAAGACUAACACCAAAGUGAGGGUUAUGAUUGAAGAUCAUGGUAACGAGGAGGCAGAGGCUCGUGUAGGUGAAAAAUUAUGUAAACAUAAAUACAGUUCAUAUCCUUACUGUUAUGGAGAAAUAACAAGCAGUACCGAUGGUCAUCGAGUUGGAGGUGAGUCGGAAAUUAAUAACAUCAGCAAGAUGAGAGAUGAAAAUGGGACAGCCAAAAUUCAGGAAGUUGGCGUUCAAGAGGAUGUAGAUACACACAAAGAAGAUGCGCCUGGUUCUGAAAAACAACUCUUGGAGACGCCAAGCGAUGUGCACAGUGACUACACGACUAUAAUCUUGAGGGAACAUGAGACCAGGCACCAUGGGCAUGCACACACUCACGGCCAUGUCCACUCAGCACCCGAAUCCCUCGGCUCUGUGGCAUGGAUGGUCGUCAUGGGCGAUGGUAUCCAUAACUUGACAGAUGGGCUUGCAAUCGGCGCAGCGUUUGCUGCGAACAUUGGUGGCGGAGUGUCGACAGCUGUAGCUGUUUUCUGCCAUGAGUUGCCCCAUGAAAUCGGUGAUUUUGCGGUGCUUUUGAAAGCUGGGAUGUCAGCUAAGCAGGCCGUUUUCUACAACAUGCUCUCUUCAUUUUUGUGCUUUUUCGGAAUGUCUAUCGGCAUAGUAUUAGGUCACAAUGACCAUGUUAAAUUGUGGGUCUUUUCUGCCGCUGCAGGAAUGUUCCUUUACAUUGCAUUAGUUGAUAUGAUUCCUGAGUUGACUAGUAGCCAUUCAAAAGAGGGUGGAUCUCUUUGCCAAUGUCUUCUGCAGCUUGUAGGACUCCUUACUGGAAUUGGAAUAAUGUUGCUGAUUGCACAUUAUGAAAGUAAUUUAAUGACGUCUUUCCAGAACAAAUUUUAAUAUGAGUGGUGAAUUAAAGAUCGGGGAACAAGUAAAAGGAUAUUUCAUGCUCAAAGCAUCACACGUUGAAAACAACUGUACAGACUUGAGACAAAUGAUGACCAAAUGUUUAUGUAGAUGGGGAAUUUUCCAAAACCAAUUAUUAUGACUUGUUAAUUUUAUAGGAUGUACAUAUUAACAAUGCAAUUGUUUCAAAGCUUUGUUCAUGCCCGGUGGCUGUAUGCCUAAUGCUUAUAUAUAUAUACUUUUUUUUAUCAAAAGAAAAUAAUCAAACUCAACUUCUGCCUACACUUCUUUUCUUUUUGUCAUUCUUUCAUUUUUUUAAAUAUAUAUUUUUUUAAUGUUUUUUUUUGUUUUUUUGUUCAGAAACAAACAGUUGUGACAUCACAACAACAACCGUUUUUUGUAUAUAUUAAUCUUUUAACUAGGGGGAAUUUUUGUUUUUUCAUAAAAUGCAUUCCUCAUACAUAUGGAAUAUAUAAUAAAUGUCUCAUAAAUAUAAAACUGUUUAUACUUAAAAAUAUAAUGUAUAAACUUGUAAACAUUUCAUUUUACGUUUCCAAAAAUUAAUUUUUAGUCGUUUGUAUAUAUUUUAAUUAAAUGAAAGAAACAUUGUCCCAAACACAUUGUCGGGCACAAGUACUGAUUUUUGUUUACUCGAUUGUUUCCUGUUUGAUUAUCAGUUAUUUUUAUAGAAUAAUUUUUAAUGGUAUAGGAUAUACAGAUCUGUAAAAAGAAAAUUCUGUGUGUAUUCUACUUAAUUUUUAUUAUUAUGUACUUAAAGAAUUGUAUAUUUUUUCAUGGCUUUAGUGCUUUCACAUUUUUCUAAGAAAAAAGGUUUAAUAAAAUGUAUAAAAAAAACUACUUAUGUUGUAAAAAGUAUAAUUUCUAAAUUUUUACUAAAUUCAAAAAAAGAAAGGUCACUCGGAAUGUCGUAAAAGAACUGAAAUGUCAUUAAUUUAUUUGUUUUAGGUAUUCAUUAAUUGGUUGCUACAUCUUUGCUUUAACCAAAUCUUUUUUGAUUAAUUAAAAAUAAUUUUAUGAAUGUUUAAAAAAAAUAAUAAAUUCGAUAAUAAAUUG